CGCGGUCAAUCCGAAGGGCGGGCGACAACAAGAUGGCGCGUGUAGCUGGAGACAAAGAAAUACUUACAGUCUGGUCUCUUUGAGGAGAGAACAAGGAAAGUGAAUCAGAACUAAUACAGAUCGCCUGCAGCUGCUGGGACUCCCCUGCAUGACGUCAUAUCUCCGCCCACAUGGAUGACGCACAUGGAGGCCACGCCGCUGUCCCCGCCCCCUGCUCUGAUUGGCUGCCGCUUACGUCAUGCGUCUCCUCUUCCCGGUGACCUCAUCGCAGCCGCUCUCACCCGCUCCGCCCGGAGCCCGGACACUGACCCGACGGCGAGGCCCGGACAGCAGGCCCGGAUCAGCGAAUCCUUUGUGUCUUGUCGGACCUGUCUGCCCCCGGUGAUGAUGAUGUAAAUCCGAGAUCGCACCAUUUUCUCGGAUCCCGCGCUCUUGCCUCCCGGGAUGUCCUGACAUGAUGGCGGCGCCACGAUCCGUCCACAGCCCUGAGGACGCCGCCCACUGACCCCCCCUGUGUGUGACGGCAGGAGGAGGGGCCAUGGCCGCCGCGGGCCUGAGCUGCCAAUCACUGAGCGUGGACAGAUUGGUGGCCUGGAUGGAGGGUGGCAGCGAGAAGCUCCUCCUCAUUGACAGUCGCCCCUUUGUGGACUAUAACUCCGCCCACAUCCUGGACGCCAUCAACAUCAACUGCUCCAAACUGAUGAAGAGGCGACUGCAGCAGGACAAGGUGCAGAUCACCGAGCUCAUCCAACACUCCGCCAAACAGAAGGUGGAGCUGGAGUGUGAGGUGCAGCAGGUUGUCGUGUACGAUCAGAGCUCGGCGGACGUCUCGUCUCUCCCUGCUGACUGUUUUCUCUCCGUGCUGCUCGGGAAGCUGGAGAAGUUUUUCCGCCAUGUCCAUCUCCUGUCAGGCGGUUUCUACCAGUUCUCCUCGUAUUUCCCCGGCCUGUGUGAAGGGAAGGCGUCCGUCGUCCCCACCUGUAUCUCGCAGCCUUGCCUUCCCGUUUCCAGCGCCGGUCCCACGCGGAUCCUGCCGCAUCUCUACCUGGGCUGCCAGCGAGACGUGCUAAACAAGGAGCUGAUGCAGCAGAAUGAGAUCGGUUUCGUCCUCAACGCCAGUAACACCUGCCCCAAACCCGACUUCAUCUGCGACUCCCACUUCCUGCGGGUGCCGGUGAACGACAGCUUCUGCGAGAAGAUCCUGCCCUGGCUGGACAAGUCUGUGGACUUCAUAGAAAAGGCCAAGGCUUCAAAUGGCCGCGUCCUGGUUCACUGCCUGGCGGGGAUCUCACGUUCUGCGACUAUUGCCAUUGCCUACAUUAUGAAGAGGAUGGACAUGACCCUGGAUGAGGCUUACAGGUUCGUUAAGGAGAAGAGACCGACCAUUUCCCCGAACUUCAACUUCUUGGGUCAGCUCCUGGACUUUGAGAAGAAGAUCAAGACUCAGACUGGUCAGACUGCUCCAGUGUGCAGACUGAAGCUACAGCUGGGCAGCAGCGAGCAUGGCGCCCCCCUCCCCAUUGAGGUCCCUCAGCAGCCGCCGAGUCCACCGCUCGUUGCUCAUCCUACCUCAUCUGAGCCACAGAGAACACAGGAAGAAGAGGCGGCUCCUCUCCUCCAGAGCCUCAACGGUCUUCACGUGUCCCAGAAGCUGGAGGACAGCAAUAAGAUGAAGCGUUCCUUCUCCCUGGACAUUAAGUCGGUGUCUUACUGCAGCGUGGCACCUGGAGCCUCCGCCUCGGAGGAGCAUGCAGAGUUUUACAAAAAGUCCUCGAGUGGCCUGGAGGGGGGUGGGGGCAGCAAGAUGUGUCAGUUUUCCCCAGUGGAGGAGGUGUCUGAGUCCAGCCCUGACCGGGAACAGGCAGCAGAGAAGAGGGUCCAGGAGAAGCCCAACACCUGCCGGCAAGCGGAGAGCAAAGCGUGGCAGCAGCAGAUGCUAAACCGUGGCAGCGUCCUGUCGCAGAGGUCCCUGGCGGCUCCGCUGUUCCGUAGUGGGAGUAUGGAGGACAACCGCAAAAGUAACUUUCUGUUCGGACUGUCCAGCAGCCAACAGCACCUGGCCAAGCCGGCACUGGGCCUGAAAGACUGGCACUCGGACAUCCUGGCCACUCAGGCCUCCUCCCUCACCGGCAGCUGGUACUUCAACCCCGAUGCCCCCGCCUCCCACUUCUAUUCUGCGUCCGCUUUGUACGGAGGGGGUGGCUUUGCUUCGGCCUUCAGCUGCGGUCAGCUGCCCGCUGACCCUUGCUGCGCGGUGCGCAGGAGGCAGAAGCCCAGCGCCCGUGGGGACUCUCGGCGCAGCUGGCAUGAGGAAAGCCCCUUCGAAAAGCAGUUCAAGCGGCGCAGCUGCCAAAUGGAAUUUGGUGACGAACUGGUGGAUGGACGCUCCCGAGAGGAGCUGGGUAAAGUUGGCAGCCAGACGAGUUUCUCUGGCAGUAUGGAAAUCAUUGAGGUGUCCUGAGGGCGGGCAUCGUGGGGGCAGUGGAGCCAGUGAGCGGAGCGUCCUGGGUUAAUCAUUUUAAUAUUAUUGUUUGUCUUAUUUUUGUUUCCGAAUCAUUAUGUUCCCUUUGAAUCUGAAUCAGGCAUGGGGGGUAAUACCAGCAGCCCCCCCAUCUACAGGACACUUACAGCUCCAUCCUCUAGGUGGUGCUGCUGCACAGACUGGCACUUACAAUCAUGCAUCCUCCAGCACAUGGUAUAGUAACACCCCGAUUUUACUCUGUUAAUCUCCAGGGGGUGAAGAGCAGGUGGCAGACUUUGCUUUUAUGGAUAAACAAUCCAUGAUUAGAAUUUGAAGGAAAAACCUGUCAGUACCUAAGAAUACCCCAACCAGCACGGUGUAAAGAUUCUACCCCUCCCCCGGUAGUGACUACGUUGUAGUCAUAUGUGGCUCUAUUCUUCCCAUCACCUAUUUUAGGUAUCAGACUCCGCCCCCAUGACAUUCACAGCCGACUGUAAUCAUGUGACAUAUAAGCUCCUCCCAAGGUGGGAGAUGAGGCAGCUAUAAAUGAUGCAUGAUGGGAGAUAAAACAAUGUG